UGACAUUUUUCAACUUUUUUUUUUUUUUUCUAAACAAGCUAUCAUUGUUUUUUAUCCUUUUCCUAUGAGCGUCGCUGGCUCAACCUCGUCACGGGGCACCCCUUCACGCUCACGCUCACGUUCACGAUCGCGUUCACGAUCGCCGCCCUACAGCGAUGGCCGUUACGGUCCCCGAUACGGUUCUCGUUAUGAUGCCUACAGUUAUCGACCCAGCAGAAGUGGUCCACCCACACCUUCAGAAGAUUACAGAGAUCUACGGGAUCGAGAACGAGACAGAGAAAGAGAUAGAGCAUUUUUAUUGCCGAGAGACGACCGAUAUAUGCCACGAGCACGAGACAAAGACACUCGUUACGCUCCUUAUUACCGCCACGAUCCUUCGCCAUUACAUCCCUAUCCCCCAGUUUCUUCCACCACCACUUCUCGUGAAUAUCCCAAACACCCUGUGAAUAUCCGAAGUGAAGGUAGAACCAUCGUCGAUACUGAAAUAUGGUCAUUGAAAAUCACUUGGGAAAACUAAUCAGCAGGAAUUGGGAUCCAUUACAGGCAAUAUUGAUAGGCAGCGACCAUUCGACCCAAAAUCGAGCCCAUCAACGAAUGGA